AGCUUGUUCUGGUCCUGCUUGCUUUGCUGCCCGCGACGAUCGAAACUUUUGGCGUCGCAGCGCAGAACACUGCAUAUAACUCCAGUACGCGCAGAUGAACAUUUCCCCAUCCCUCACCAACCUUUGAUUCGAAUAUCUCAAAAAGACUCCUCCUCUUCCCCCUCAUAUUCUUUCUUACGACUAGUUCGCAUCCCGGAUUUCCUUCUUACCGCCGCUCCGAAAAGCCACUUCUUCCAACGCAUACGCCGAAUCACACACUGCACCAACAGUAUAGUACCUUCUUACGCACCAAACUUUUUCGGUGACCAUGUCAAAACGAUCGGGAGCCUCCAGCGGUGUGGAGAAGAGCGCGGAUGGUAUUGUCGCCGCCAAGAAGCCUGUGGAGGACAAGCAAGCUCGUCUGCUCAAUGACCCCAACCCAGGCCACUUCAGCCUGGUGCGCGCCUAUCACCUCGCGGACCUCAUCACCCUCAUGAAUGGCUUCUGUGGAGUCAUGUCGGUCAUGUCCUCGAUGCGAUACAUCCAAAACCCCUACGGCAACAAGGCAUACCUGUGGGCGUCACUCGUGUUGAUGCCGCUUGGUCUAUUCUUCGACUUCUUCGACGGCAAGGUUGCGAGAUGGAGAGGCAAGAGCAGUGUGAUGGGUCAGGAGCUGGACUCGUUGGCAGAUUUGAUCUCCUUUGGUGUCGCGCCGGCAGCCUGCGCCUUCUCCAUCGGUAUGCAAACGGCUCUCGACCAAGUUCUAUUGACGUGCUUUGUCCUCUCGGGUCUGGCGCGCCUGGCACGGUUCAACGUCACCACCGGAAACGUGCCCAAGGAUGCCACCGGCAAGGCCAAAUAUUUCGAAGGUCUGCCUAUCCCCACUAGCCUCACCAUCACUGGCCUGAUUGGGUUCUGGGCAUCGCGGGACUGGGUCCAGGAGAACAUUCCCUACGGCACAUUGAAUGCGGGCACGAUUCUCGAGUUCCACCCGGUGGUGGCAUUGUUUUUGAUUCACGGAUGUUGCAUGGUUUCCAAGACGUUGCACGUACCUAAGCCGUGAGAAGAUUGGCAUCUAGCUCACGAGUUGCAUGAUCAUCGUUGAAGUCGAACACGGGUUCGAGGAUGAAAGUCGAGCAUUUAGCGUGGUGUUGGCGAGCAUAAGGGAAAUAUACGCACGUGUUUCUGUCUUGCAGCGGGGCCCAUGCUGAUGAUUGAUACUUCUCCUCCCUCAAUGUUCAGGUUUUGGUGUGUCCGUCAAUGGAACGUAGCGCACGCCAUACUCUUUGCUCCUGGUUAUUACACCUCGCUCAUCCUUGUCAAUGACCCAAAUAUGCUGAAGCUGAUCUUCUUCGACCGGG